GUGUUGGGCGGAGCGCGCAUGCGCAGAGGGCUCGCUCUCACACACUGCAGCAGGGAGACCGCAGGACGCUGGAUGAAUAGAGGGAGAAUAACUGUAAAUGUCCAGAUGGGAAUAUGUGGCCAGAGCAUGGCGACGUCCUGAAGAAGACAAAGACUUUUUAGACAGCGACACCUCCGAACUCGGGACAUGAAGGUUCAUUAAGGAGAAAACCUGGGGUGCCAGAAUAGAUGAAGCUCUAUGGGCAGAACCCCACUUUUAUUACAGGAUCGGCCCGAAAUAGAUGUGAAAAUAAGCCCAGCCGUGUGUUUGAACAGCGACCUGACACAUGUAUGUUACAAAAUCUGAUCUGUGUGUGAGAGAAAAACAAGCAAAAGUCCGAUUUGACGCGUUGAAUUCCUUCGGAGAGAUGUCAUCGUUGUAAGUGCUGGAUGUGACACUGCAGCUGUGAAUAUGGGAGAUCCGAAAAAGACUUUCAUUGUUCCUGCCAUCAAGUCCUUUGAUCAUUAUGAUUUUAAUAGAGCUAAAAUCAGAGCCAGCCUCACAUGGCUGGUGGCCAAAGCCUUUGGUACAGACAGUGUUCCAGAAGACCUGAGCGAGCCCUUCUACAGAGACCAGUAUGAGCAGGAGCACCUGAAGCCUCCGGUGGUGGGCCUGCUGCUGUCAGCUGAGCUGUACUGCCGAGCAGGAAGUCUGAUUCUGAAGAGCGAUGCUGUUAAACCUCUGCUGGGUCAUGACGCCGUCAUCCAGGCUCUGGCUCAGAAGGGCCUGUACGUCACCGACCAGGAGAGACUGGUGACCGAGAGAGACCUGCAGAAGAAACCCAUUCAGAUGAGCGCCCACCUGGCCAUGAUUGACACGCUGAUGAUGGCGUACACAGUAGAGACGGUGAGUGUAGAGAAAGUGAUGGCCUGCAUGCAGCAGUACUCCACCGAUUACCCAGACGGAGACAUGCCCUAUGACACAGAGGAUGCCGUCACUAGCUGGAUGAAUAAGGUGAACGAAUACUUGAAAGAAAUCAUAAUGCAGGAACAAAGGAGGAUGGAGGCACAGAACGCAGAGCCUGUUGAGAAUCCAAAGUCUCCAACCAAGUGGUAUAUGAAGCUGGUUCCUUUUUUUUAUUUGUGUUUUCUGAUGUGGUUUUAUCUACUGAAUCAUUUGUUUCUGCCCAAGAUGGUGCCGUGGAUCCCCCCAGUGGACAACCUCCUGAAGGACAGCACAGAUGGCUGUGCCCUCGCCGCCCUGCUGCACUUUUACUGCCCCGCCAUCGUCCCCCUGGAAGACAUUUGCCUGAAGGAGACCAUGUUGCUGGCAGACAGUCUGCACAACCUGCAGCUCAUCCUGGACUUCUGCAAGGAACACUUGAACCACUGCUGCCACUUCAAUCUGGAGGACAUGCGCUACGCUCAUUCGUCCAUCAAAGUAAACUAUAUUGUGUUUAUUGUUUUUAUGUUCUGGUGGUUCGAGGUUGUUAAGCCGCCAUUCGUCCAGCCUCAGGUGUUGGAUACUGAAGCACCAGCCCCUUCACUGAAAAAUCUGCCAUCUGUGCCCAUCUCAAAAGUCACAAAGAGAAGUUUCAUGGAACGACCACCUAGUCCAGACAGACCAAGUCUCCCUCUCCGACCUCAACCACAGACUUCAGGCUCAGGUGAGAUCAAGCGAUCAACCUCAAUGUCAUUUGUGGAAAGCUUCAUGGGUACUUGGCCCAAAGAGAAGAAGUCUCCUGCUCAGGGAGUGUCCUUUGAAAUCCCAUUUGAUAAAGAGAGCACCAAUCAAACACCCACUGGCCGAGGGAUGACUCGGUCUGUCAGCAAUGAAGGUUUUGGUUUCAAGAUGCCCCAUGGCACCAGGGGCAUCAAGAGAAACUUGUCCUUUCAGCCUGUCAAUGGAAAGAACAUGGGAAUCGAGGAGGAAGGCUGUCCUGAUAGCCUGUCAGGAAAUCAUAACGGCCGUCUAAAUGGCUCAGGGCCUCCUAGCAUUGAAGAGGCUCUUGAGAUCAUCCACAACUCAGAGAAGAAAUCUCAGAGCCCCAGGGCCCAUGCACCCAGUGAGGGCUUCUUUCUUCACCUCCAGAAUAAAAGUGAUUUGAACCCUGAAUCAAAGGAUGGCGAGCUAGACUCAGUUUCAGAAUCUUCCAAAGGGGUUGCUAGCACAUCCACCACUGAAGUAGACACCGGCAUACAUGUGCGGACGGAGGACAUCCAAGAGACACUAGAUGAGGACUCAUCCCUAAGGGAUUGUACUGUCAGCAUGGAGCUUGACACAGAUCAAGACUUUGAAGCAAGAGCUUGCCAUAGCCAGGGCUCUACAAGCCCAUGUCCCAGCAGCCUUAGCAGCAAGUCCCCUGCUGGAAGUACCCCUGCUUUUACACCUGGGAUUAAGAUGACCAGCUUUGCUGAGCAGAAAUUCCGUAAACUGAAUCCAAACGUGGAGGCUAAAGGUGCUGCAUCCCAAAGCACAACACCAGACAGUUCAGAUCUCGGCAUUCCUCACUCUGUUUCCUGGGCUCCUUCACCUGAGGUCAGCCCUGCACAUCAGCCAUCCAAAGACCCGGCCCAGGCCAUGGCUGCGGAAAUGGUGCAGCUGCGCAUGAGACUUGAGGAGAAGCGUCGAGCCAUUGAGGCUCAGAAGAAGAAAGUAGAGGCUGCUUUUACCCGGCACCGUCAGAAGAUGGGACGCAGUGCUUUCCUCACAGUUGUCAAGAGGAAAGGAGUAGAUGGCACCUCACCUUCUCAGGAGGACGCUCCUAGCUCAGAGGGAAGCAAGACGCCAGUGGAGACACCUCAGCCAGUCAAGUCUCCGGUGAAGUCUGCGGGUGAGGACGGUACAUCUGAGGCGGACCUGAUGGAAUACACACGUUCCAUUGAGAAGCUCAAUGCUUCCCUGAGCUUCUUGCAGAACGAGAUGCAGCGGCUGGCCCAGCAGCAGGAGGUAAUCAUGCAGAUGCGGGAGCAACAGGCUUGGGUUGUGUCGCCACCUCAACCUUCACCACAGAAACAAGUGCGAGAGCUCAGAGGGAGUGGGGCACGCUCUUCAGGCUCUCCCUCGCCUGCAGAUUCUCCUAGAGCUAUCCACCAUUCCCCUACAAACCUUAAGAGGAAGUCUGCUUCUUUCCAUUCCAAGACACCAAGGACACCCAGACCCAGUGAGUUAAAGAUCACUCCCUUCAACCGAGUCCUGACUGUUCCACAGUCGGUGGACAGCAUACCACGCUUAAGAAGGUUCUCCCCAUCUCAGUCCGUGUACUGCUCAUUUUCUUAUUUGGGAAAUGCGAAGAAACCACCAUCAGGAGCUGAAGCCACAGACAAGGACAUAGAACAAGGCCUUGAGUCGUUGUCGAUUGAAUGUUCUUCUGGUACCAUUACCUCCCCAUCCAAAGAAACCCAACAAGCUGUAAACGAAGAUGCUGACUUGUCAGCCAAGGAGCCAGUAGAAAGGGGAGAGGAGAGCGAGAAGGAGAACGAAGCAACAGAAGAAAGGGAACAGCUGAAGAAGCCAACAAAUGAGAUAAAGCCAGCAGUGGAAUCUAGUGUGUCGGAAGUUUUGACGCAGAUCGUAAUGGAGACCGUCAUUGUCACUCCCACUGAGCCAGUUGAUAUUGUCCAUCAGACCAACAAAAAUUUGAUUGAGGUUCCAUUGUCUAUUCUCAAGCCCCUGGAUGGACAGACGUUACAAGAGGAAGGUGAGAAGGAGACUUCAGGGGAAAAUCUGGAUGAUGAGCAGAAAAUGUGCUGUGGAUUCUUUUUUAAGGAUGAUAUGAAGGAAGAGGACAGCAUGGCCAUGAAGCGAGCAACACUUCUGGAGAAAAGGCUGAGAAGAGAACGGGAGAGCCAGCAGAGGAAACAACAGCUGGAGGCGGAGCUUGAGCUAAAGAAAGAAGAGGCCAGACUGAAAGCAGAGGAAGACCGCAUGAAGAAGGAAGAAGACAAAGCCCGGCGGGAGUUUAUCAAACAGGAGUAUCUGAGGAGAAAGCAGCUGAAGCUUAUGGAGGACAUGGACACGCUUGUCAAACCGCGUCCUGCGGGGGCCAAACAGAGGAAACCACGGCCCAAGUCCAUCCACAGAGAUGUGAUGGAGUCCCCCAGGACACCUGUCAGGGCCACGGCAGGUUCACGACCUCGUGUUUUUUCAGUGUCCAGCCUGUCUCUGGCAUCUCUUGGCGAUAAUGACAGUGUCAGCUCGGAUAAGAAAACACAAAGAAGCAAUAGCUUAGCAUCUGGCCGUCUUUUCUUCUUUUUGAGCUCUCCUAGUGUGAGAAAUAGAAGGCCUGACUCAGCAGACGGUUGCCUGUCGCUCACUCGCUCCAGCAGCCGUAAUGGAGAGAAAGACUGGGAGAAUGGUUCAACCACAUCCUCACUGACAUCCAACACCGAAUACACAGGUCCCAAAUUAUAUAAGGAACCCAGUGCAAAGUCAAAUAAGCAUAUAAUUCAGAAUGCUUUGGCACAUUGCUGUUUGGCUGGCAAAGUCAAUGAGAAUGCUUUGGCACAUUGUUGUUUGGGUGGAGAAGUAAAUGAAUUUUAGGAAGAAAUGGAGAAAUCAGGGGGCAACAACUUCCUGAUCCUGUUCCGUGAUUCUGGCUGCCAGUUCCGCUCUCUCUACACGUACUGCCCUGACACAGAGGAGAUCAACAAAUUGGCCGGCAUCGGUCCUAAAACCAUCUCGCGCAAGAUGAUUGACGGCCUCUACAAGUACAACUCAGACAGGAAGCAGUUCAGCCAAAUUCCAGCCAAGACCAUGUCGGCGAGCGUCGAUGCCAUCACGAUCCACAGCCACCUGUGGCAGACCAAAAAACCAGGAACGCCGAAGAAAGUAGCGGCUGUGAAGUCCUAGUGUUUCUCGACGGCAGACGUACACAAUCUCAAUGCACUUGUUUGUACAUAAUCGAAUCCUACAACACUUUUUACACGCUUCCGUCAGUUGUCGUUCGGACACACAAGAUUAUGCACAACUGGAAUGUAAAACUCUUUGGGGGUGGCUCAUGUGUCCAACACCCGAGACUGUGUGAUUCAAGUUGUUUUACUGCACCGCGUACAUGUCGUUUUUAUUUAAAUGUGCCCAAAAAAAAAAGGAAAAUAAUGAAAGUUAGUCAUGGAUGACCUGUUAUUUUAAUUUGGUACACUAAAGCACUGAAUGUUCUUAGUUUGUACAGAAAUCUCGCACAUAUGUUGACGUGUGGCCUUAUGUUGCUUUUUGUCUAUGUUUUUAUUUGAUUUAUUUUUACGACUGUGCUGAUAUGAUUGUACGGCUGCUUAUGGAGAGGUUCUCACAUGCAUAGCUUGUGAUUAUAACAGUUUAGUACUGUAAGGGAAUCCUGUCAUAUCUAGUAUGCAUUAACCAGUGUGCUAAUGUGCAGUGAGUGGUUUAGUUUGCAGGCCGAACCCACUUUUGAUGGGUUUUAACAUUAUCUAAUGGCAUUGAUUCACAGCAGGAUUGUGAAUUCAUUUCAUUCCGUUCCUGUAUGUGUUUUUGCUUUUUUUUUUAUAUAAAUAUUUAAAACGUUGGACCGACUGCUGGAAAUGUUCAGCAUAAUUAUCUAUUUAAUCAAUAUUUAUCUUUCAUAAAAGGUCUUAAAUAAGACACUAGGGGUUAGAAAACCAAACCGUUCUGUCGGUGCGAUUAAAAAAAAAAAUCAGGUGGACUGAAUUGUUUGAACGAUACUUCCAUGGAUGAAGAUGAAUAACAUCAUGUGCUGGAGUCAUAAUUAUUUUCAAAACACUUUUGUACUGUUACGUGUGCUUGUGGUGACUGAUCUGAAGUAUUUCCCUGUCCAGGGUCACGCUAAAGUAUUAAAAGCAGCUUGCCAAAUUAUAUAUUUUCCUGGAUUGCUGGAGCCAUUUCCGUGUUUUGCGACUGAGAGCUAAAUUGUUUGAUUGGUAAAUUAUUUUAAAUAAUAAAAAUAAUUUUUUGACUUGUUUAUAAGGGGUUAAGACAUGCUCCAUAUCUUUACGCCUGGAGUCUGUGUGGCAUUUUAAAAUAUUACGAAUCUCAGUCUAUUAGCAUUUCCACUUAAAGUAUGAUCAUCUUAGCGAAAUGUUGGUGAAAAUAUGAAUUUUCGUUGUCAAAAAGGUCCAUAGUUAACAGUGAAGCCAUGAAGAAGGCACUGUCAAACCAACCAGCUUUUUACUGGCCAAAGUGUAAAAUCAAUGUGAAUCCGUUGCGAAAUCUGCAAGCGGUAUUCCCACUAUUCCCACUAUUGAAAACACCUUUAAUCAUUUUAAGGCAGAAUGUGGCUGUAUACGGGUAGAGGCGUUGUUGCCUGAUGAAAAUAAUAAAUAAAACGGCCUUCCUUUUGUGCCCUUUAUUUCGGUAGGAAUUGAAUUAUUUUUGGGGCUUGCCUCUCGAAGCAUAAACUGAUGUGUCAGUGUUUGCAAUGGAAAUAUGUGCACAGCCCUGAAUACACGGUAGCUGACAUCUUACAUCCAUUAGAAUGGUACUACUGGAAACAAAUGUUAUUUGGCCGUUUCGAGCCACAAGCGAUGGUUAUUUAACUGUAAAUGAGCACGAUAGAAAACUGUACAGUGUUUGUUCUCUAAUCUCUCCAGCACGUCUCUCUCUUUUAUAUUCUUUCAGGCGCUGUGCUGUCAUAUUGUUCAAGUAACAUGUUCGAUUUCAAUUGCAUUUAAUAAAUUUCGCAUGGCCUCA